AUGGCAGCAGCAACAGCUACAGCUCUAUCAGCAGCGUCUACAGUGGCACCAACUGACAUGACAAAACUUUUCGCAACGAUCCAAAAGUCAGUCACAGCACUCAGCAUCUCAGUCAAGGCGUUCGAGAAGGAUGUCGUCCAAGUGGCCUCCAACGAUACCGCAGACAACCCAUUCGCGUAUCCAGACGGCAUCUCGCUCCUAACAGUCAAGAACGACGCCAUGUUCGACUAUCUUCACCAUGUCAUUGCUGUUUGCAUCAACAAGGUCUCCGGUCGAUCCCUCGCUAGCAGCAGCAGUAGCAAAGCAAGCAGCUCGCAAGGUCCUGCUGAUCUCGUUCCGAACCUGGUCAAGCUUCGAUUGAUGCUCGAAAAGCUACGCCCACUCGAGAAUCGUCUCAAAUAUCAGAUGGACAAGCUCCUUCGUGCUGCUGCCGAUGCUGACAAGGAGGUCAUGCUCGGUCGUUCUAAGCCAGCAACCAAGGAUAAGAGGAGCAAGGGCAGCGAUGACGGCAGUGACGAAGACGGUGGCGUCAGCGACGAUGAUCUCGCUUUCCGUCCCAACCCAUCCGCAUUCAUGCAAGACAAAGCUCGGGCCUCAGUCAAAUCGUCCAAGUCUCCGAGCAACGACAGGCGUGGGAGGUCGCGUCGUGGCAACUCAUCCGACGAUUCGAAGGACUCUGACGAGGAAGGAGGAAAGACGGUUGUCUACCGUCCACCCAAGCUCGUACCCAUGUCCUACGAUCCCGACGCACGCAGCGGAAAGAAAGAUCGCUCAUCUAUCACUCGCAACUCGGCGCUUCUCUCCGAUCUUACUGCCGGCAUGUCUUCCAACCCUUACGAAGCAUCGUCCGCAGGUGUUGGCGUCGGUGGUCGCGGUCGACUUGCAGCCAAUACCUCUGCUCGAGCCAAAGCGCUGGCGAGGAUGGAAGAGUUCGAAGAGGAGAACCUUACUCGUCUCGUUCAGUCUAAGAAGGACGCACGCAAGCGCAGAAGAGACGAAGCCGAUGUGGCGCUGGGCGGAGCUGGUCUCAGUUCAGGUCGCGAUGGCAGGAGAAGGAUUGGUGGUGGUAUGGAGGAAGAGUUUGGUGAUCUGCUCAGAGGUGCAGGUCUGGAUGGAAGAAACGGCAAGAAGGCAAAGAAGGCUCAGAGUGCCUAUGAUGCGCUUAGGGCGAACAGCAAGGUUGGCGGCGCAUUGCAGAGGUCUAAGAGCGGCGGAGGUGGUCGUUCGCCAGCUGUCGGAGGCAGCAAAAACAACAAGUUCAAGAACCAGGUCAACCGACAAGCGCGCAGGUGA